GGUGGCGAAGGGGGGAAAUCACCGGGAAGGCGCACGGAGUUCUGAUUGGUUGCGGACGGGGCCAGAAGCAAAGGAAGCGACAGGCGGGGGAGGCGGAGCCUCACUCUUCUUGCGGUCUCGGGGCGGCAGCGGCGGCCUCUUGUCCUUCAUCUCGUCGGUCGCUCCCAACCUGCCUCGCUAUGACGGCGCAUAGCUUCGCGCUGCCGAUCAUCCUCUUCUCCGUCUUCUGGGGGCUCGUGGGAAUCGCCGGGCCGUGGCUCGUGCCCAAGGGGCCCAACCGCGGAGUGAUUAUUACCAUGUUGGUGACCACAGCCAUUUCCUGCUAUCUCUUCUGGCUUAUAGCACUCCUGUCCCAGGCCAACCCGCUGUUUGGACCCCAGCUAAAGAAUGAGACCAUCUGGUAUGUGCGCUUCCUGUGGGAGUGAACUGGACCACUAUCAACCAAUUCAACAGGCUUCCUUCUGAUGCUAGCUAACAGCUCCACCCCUUGUCCUUUCCAGUACUAGCUCAACGGAUCUUUUGUUUGCACUCUAAAUUUCCCCACAACAGUAGAGCCAAGACCCAAACAUAUGAAGGGACCAUUUCACUUGUUUAACCAUCUCCCACCUGUUUUAAUUGAUGCAUCUUGGUGGCAUCUGCUCUUGGGUUUGAUGUUGUAACUAAAUAUCCCUCUCUUGGCAGUUAGGGAAAAUAUUUGCAUUUUGAAAGUCCUGUAAUGAACGCUAAGAUUGAAUAAUUGCUGAUGGAGCUCUGGAACACCUUCUUGGGCAAGUGACAAGACACCUUCCUUACUUUAACCUGCUGACGCUCGCCCAAUAGAUCGGUUCUCUCCCUAUCUUUGUCGAUUAGCAGUGAGGCUGCUGCACUAGGAUGCAUUUGCCUAGAAUUCCCCCUUCCACUAUUAUUUAUAAUGUUGUGUAUUUGUAUUUGUAUUUAUUGAGUGUAAACUGGUAUCGUGAAAAUAAAUUU